GAUACAUAUAUAAGCAAUGAUCGAUUGAUUAUUUAUUCUGGACGUUGUCGCUUUCCAUGCCUUUGAGCUGUGGCUACAGUGAUAGCGGACUGUUUUAAGAACAACAGUUAUUCCUCCUAUUGUAGAUUGAAUGUAUAUUUCUUUCGUUUGUCCGAGUGUGAAGGAGAGUAGGUUAUUCUUUAGUAGCCAGGCCGCAGAAAGGUUCCAAAUUUCAGUUUGUCCUUUGCCUUUUGUAACGAGGUGUAGUUGGGUUCACCCUCGCUUCAGUCUAAGAACGAUUCUGAACUGCUGUAGCGUUUUUUGCUGCAUAAAUGAGGCACCAAAAGACAGAGAAAUGGAGUAUCAAUAUCUGGAGGAAACUUUCGGAAUGAGACCAUCUUUUAUGGAGAAGAAGCAGAAAGCACGUAAAUAUGACCCACGUUUGUUUUGGGAAAGCUUUUCAAAGAACGAAAAAACGGAAAGUAAGAAAGUUCGUUUAAUUAGGAGAAAGCAAGAAACCACAAGGAACGUACACAAGACAACAUUGGCCAACACCGAAAGUUUCAGUGCUCUUGAGAAACCCUCAAAAAGCAAUGUUUGGCAGGGUCCAACGUGGACACCUAAGGUUAAGGAACCAUCUAGAGGAAAAUAUCUCUCCACUUGUCCCAUAACUCAACUAGUGAGUUUGGAAACUAGUCAAAACGUGGCCUUGGCAUACUUAGAUAUGCCUUGUUCUGAUUCUGACCUGAAGAAAUUGCUCGGUGUUGUAAAGAAAGUUUCUUUUUUAAAAGUCACCCUUAUUUUGAAAGGAGCAGACUCCAGUGUACUAGCAAACUCUAUGAGUUUUGUUGAAAUGGUUGGCAAGGAAAAUUGCUACAUUGACACAAAAAGUUGCUUUUUUCAGGAGAAAGUUGUCACACCUGGCCAAAGUUGUUGUGUGAUGUUGACUUGUAAUGAAAAUGAUGCAACUAUUGCCUCUCAUUCCAUUCAACAAAUUAUCCAGUCUUUGCAGAAUUCAACAUGGAAAGUUCAACUGUAUGGUUGGCAAGAAGCUCGCCAGUGUUUAUUGAAUAGUUGCCGUAAACUUCCAGACUCCUUAAUUUCGAAUGAAAAAUAUACUGCACAGAUAUCUUCUCCUGUAUCAGAGAUUCUACAUGAAAGUGCAUUUUCAGCAAAUGAUGGAACAAAGCGAAAUUCAGUGAAAGAAGAAAAGGCACGAAUCGUUGUCAAUCAUUCCACAUAUAUUCCGGGACUUAUCAAAUCGUUGGAGUUGUUAUCAGAAGAACCCUGUGUUCAGACUAUUGUUCCUGGACGUCUUCGGAACGGUAAAAGUCGUUCGCCUCAUUUGCUAUUAAGAGUUACUACCACAACACCUACGGGUUACAAGCUGCUUGCUCGUAAAGGUACAACUGUCCAAGAAGUUUUUAUCGUAACUUCAGCAGAGCGUCAGUUCAUUGAAGAAGUUAUAAACAAAGUCAAUAAAGAGGCCUCGUAAUAGGUUAGAUUGUGACUUGUUUUUAAAAGAAUCGGGGAGGAGUUUCUUGGAAACUUGUUGUAGGUUCGAAGGAAAACGCAUAUCUUCAAGUGGCAUCAUAAAUGAAGAUAAAAGACCAGCUUGAAUAACAGCAACUCGAAAAGUAGUAGUGGGAAAGAGUACCAAUUUCUCUGCAACUUUAAUUGCUAAACGACCCGAUCCUCGUGUUGAAAAUAUUAUUUACAAACUUAUUAUAUAACUAUAAAAUUUGUUGUUUCCUUUCUUGUUUGGUAUGAAUCACGCUUGAGCUGAGGUGAUACAGUCGAUCGUUCCGAAACUUUUGCUUCUUCCAAAGAUAUGACAAUAUGAUGGGAAAUUGUUAGAGCACUUAUCCAAGGGCAAAGAUUGUAGGAAAACUUGUCCAAACAAAUAGCAGCGUAACAUUUCUUAUGCAGUGCAAUAAGACGCAAUAUUCAAAUGUUAUAAGCUUUCGUUACACAUUAUCCCACAACACUGUGGAAAGUUGGUACACUCUGGAGUUGCUAGAAGUUUCUACAACAAUAGUUUCAACCCCUCCUUUCUUUAUGAACUUUUCGUUUUCUGUGUACGUACACUCUUCGUGUCGAAUGACUGGUAAAGAAUCAAAAUGUGCGUCGGCUAGAAAACUUCAACAGGAGAAUAAAAGCCUAAAAGUCUUG